AUGUGGCGAUCUUCGCUCCCUCUCGCGCCUUUUCGGGAUGUCGCGGUGCGACCGCAUGCCCGCUGUCUUCGAUGCCACUUCCGCCGUCCGAUUACCACCACCACUGUCCGCCCGGUGACUGCAUCACGGCGCGCGUACAGCACCCCAAGCCCGGAGAGGAAGCCUGCCGACCAGCCCCUCGGUCGCAAGGCAGUCGAGUUCCAGCAGAAUGCCUCUCCAGCCUCGCCAGCCUCCCCAGCGGUGCCUCCGACGCUCGACCGUCCCAUCGGCUCCGUGAUCCCACCCAGCCCCGGACAGAACACGGGGGUGGAUGACCGAUCCCUCCGCGAGCGACGGGAUGAUUUUGUGAACUACGACCGUCAUCUCGCCCGACGGCAGGAACUCACAAAACAGGCGGCGAAGCCAUAUUUCCAGGAAUGGUCGAAUAUGAAGUAUCACCAGGGCAAGACGUUCCAGUCCAACACCCGUCUAUUUAAACGGGACAAGGCGCUCUACUUUCCCAACUUGCAGGGCAUCACCCUCGCCUCGCCGAAGACCCCCCAGGAUACCACCGCGGUGCUGCAGGGUCGGGUAUCAGUCGUGAGCCUGUUCUCCAGUGUCUGGGCUGAAGCGCAGGUCGCGACAUUUACGGGACCCGAGCAGAACCCGGGCCUCGCCGAGGCGCUGGCUAGUGGCGGCGUGGGCAGUGAUGGGCUGGCGGCGCAGACCCAGACGGUGGCCAUCAACCUGGAGGAAAACACACUGAAGGCGUGGCUGGUCCGGAUGUUCAUGUUCCAGAUGCGGGCGAAGCUGCCGCCCGCCCAGCACGAGCGAUACUUCCUGGUACGCAAGGGGCUGACCGAGGAGUUAAAGAACGCAAUUGGGAUGAUGAAUAGCAAGGUCGGCUACGUCUAUCUCCUGGAUGAUACCUGUCGCAUCCGCUGGGCGGGCAGCGGGCUGGCAGACCAGACAGAGCAGGAGGCCUUGAACCAGGGGGUCCGGCGCCUGGUGCAGGAACAGCGCGUCCGCGUUGAAUCCUCGUCGCCGGCCGCGGCUUGGACCGAGGGGCCCGGAUCGGCCAGUCGGCAGGCGCGGGUGGUGAUGCCGUAG